CCUCUCCCAUUCCUUCCUGCUUCUCCACACAGGGCCUCACCGAUUGCCACAUUGUUCAGAACUACAUUGAACUAACUAAUGAAACUGUAUUUCACCGAUUGCCGGAUAUUCCUGGACGGGCUUCCAUGGUAGAGCGCAAUGUCUCACCACCGACAAUUACCGCAAAAUGCGACUUCCGGAUCUCAAACUGAGUCGUCUCAUUCCCACGAUCGGAAUGGCUCUUCUACGCCCUCAAAUUUUGGCAUGCUAAGGUUGCGAGCGGAAAACGCGUCCAACGAGGUAGAGGCGGAGAACGCAAGUUCAGCCAGACACAUUCGGUGGAGUGAGGAUGUUAUCGAUAAUGAAGGAAUGGGCAAGAAGAGCUCCAAAGUCUGCUGCAUUUACCACAAAGCUCGACCUGUUGGCGAAAGCAGCUCUGAAUCGGAUUCCUCCGACUCCAGCUCCUCUGAGUCAGAUAGUGAUAGCGAAGUAGAUAGUGCCCGGAGAAGCUCGAAUGCUCAGCGCAGCACAAACUCACAGGACGGUCCUUCGAAUCAAAUACGAAGGGAGCACACCUGCUCUGCAGACCACCGCCAUAAGCGGCCCAGCAAGCGGAGAAAACCGAGUCCCAACGCCUAUGAGAAAAUGCCCCGGACUUCUAAAUAGCGAUGAAGAAGAGUCAUUCCCUUUUUCACGGCAUGGUAUUGUUGAAUGACUGAUGAUGAGAUUUUGUAAUAUAUCUGAAAUGCGCCCCAUACAUUUUUGCUGUACAUUUUUUAAAAACGCGCACCAGUGCAUCUCACCUUUGAUCCUCCUUAUUCUAAGUUAUCUAAUUAUUUUCAAGACAUGUUUGGCUUGGACGAAAGUCCUGACACUUGUGAGAGGACUACUGAGAAAU